AUGCUUAGCUCAGCUAUAAUCCAUGCUGCAGUAUUCACUGCUGGGGCUGUCUUGGGGGGCGGCGUAGCUGCUGUCGUUACAAACAGACAGAGGCCCUCCGUAGCGUCUGCAUCCGCGCCUGUGCCCAUACCCGCGCCUGCACCAAAACCUUCUCCGAUUAUUGGUCUUGACCGAGGGGGAAACACCAGGCUCUCGACAGAUCUGACGACGGCAUCGGUUCUGCCUCUGGCAUUGAAGCACGGACAUCCAGGCCCUAUUUCCGACCUUUUGGUUCGUAAAGCCUACGUCGCCGCAUAUGAUAGGCGGUUGCGUCACCCAGCUUGGACUGCUGAGCAUCUCACUCGAGCGUCUUUAGCCAGAAAUCCUUGCAGUGAACCGUCUGGUGACCGUUCAAACUCAAAAUUCAUGGAGGACGAGUCUAUUCCUAGCAUGUUCCGCGCAAAAUUGCAAGACUACUUCAGAAGUGGGUACGACCGCGGUCAUAUGGUGCCAGCUGCAGAUGCCAAAAUCUCGCAAGAAGCGAUGGACGAAACCUUUUACCUAUCGAACAUGGCACCUCAGGUCGGAGAUGGAUUCAAUAGACACUAUUGGGCCUACCUUGAAGAAUGGUGCAGACGGUUGACGGGCAGCUUCCAGGAUGUCUACGUCUUUACCGUGCCUCUAUACCUCCCCAAGCGAGAUUCAGAUGGGAAAUGGAGAGUGACCUAUGAAGUUAUUGGUUCGCCGUCUAACGUGGCCGUGCCAACUCACUUUGCAAAAGUCGUUCUGACUACGAAACCAUCUGGGCCUUCUACACCCGGAAUCCUGGAACUCGCUACCGGCGCUUUCGUUCUCCCAAACGCAAUCAUUCCGGAUACUGCGCCGUUGGAAAGCUUCGUUGUUCCUGUGGAUGCUGUUGAACGCGCUGCUGGCCUCAAUUUCUUCUCCGAACAAAUAAAAGCAGGAUCGAAACACAUUUGCCAGUCCACCAAGUGUGAGGUCAUCAUUCGCCGAUUUGACGACGCGCAGAAGAAAGUCAAGGCCAUUGCUGCGCCGAAGUAG